AUGCCAAAUCUUCCAUUAGAUUUUAAUUUAACAACUUCUGAUACAACAACAAUUAAUACAAGAUCUAAUAUUCCAGUAAAUGCUCUACCACAACGACCAAAUUUUGCAACACAAACAAUAACAACAAAUGAUACAACUCAACCAUUCAAUGUUUAUGAUGAUUUAAAUAAGAAUGUCAAUGGACAACAACUAAAACAGAAGUAUAAUCAAUCAGAAUGUCGGACUACUACGACUACUAUUACAGCAUCUUAUAGACGUCGACAACAUUGA